AUGGCUUCUUCUUCACCUUCAUCCAUUCACAAGAUCACCUUUAAGUACGAUGUAUUUUUGAGUUUUAGAGGUGAAGACACUCGUACCAACUUCGUCGAUCAUCUUUACGACGCUCUUAAGCGACAAAACAUUGAAACUUACAAGGAUGACAAGAACCUCCAGAAAGGGAAGAGAAUCGGUAAGGAGCUAUUUGAAGCCAUCGAAGACUCAAGAUUCCACGUCAUUGUUUUCUCUAAGAACUACGCAUCUUCAUCUUGGUGCUUGGACGAGCUUGUCAAGAUUAUGGAGUGCCAAAAGAUGAUGACUGAGCAGACUGUUUACCCUAUCUUCUAUCAUGUGGAACCCACUGAAGUCCGCCAACAAAGUGGGGAAUUUGGAAAAGCCUUUGCCAAACAUGAAAAGGCAGAGGCUACUCAGAAAUGGAGAGAUGCUCUGGUAGAAGCAACGUCUUUCAGUGGCUGGGACUUAAUGACCAUUGCUAAUGGGCAUGAAGUUGAAUUUAUCAAACUAGUUGUUAAGGAUAUCUCAUUGAAGUUACCUAUGAUCGGUACUAUUGAUGAAAGUUUAGUAGGCAUGAGGACUCGGAUAAAUGGUGUGGUUUCAUUGUUAAACGAUUUUCCUGAUGAGUUUUGCGUAAUAGGAAUCUGGGGGAUGGGAGGAAGUGGGAAGACAACUUUGGCCAGAGCUGUUUUUGAUCAAAUAUCCUUUCAGUUCGAAGGUAUCAGCUUUGUUGCAAAUGUUAGGGAAGUUUCAAAACCCGAUUUCUCCGGUUUGAACAGGUUGCAACAACAAGUCCUUCGAGAUGUAUCAAAUGAUCAAGGCAUCACUAUAAAUAAUGUUUUUGAUGGGAAAACAAUGAUGAAAAUGAAGAUGCCUGGUAGAAAAGUUCUUGUUGUUCUAGAUGAUGUGGAUCAUAUAGACCAACUUAAGGCCUUAGCCGGUGAACCUAAUUGGUUUAAGCUGGGAAGUAGAAUUAUCAUUACAACAAGAGACAAGCAAGUACUAGUAGCACACAAAGUAGCGAACUCGAGUAUUCACGAUGUCAAUCUGUUGACGGACGAGGAAGCAAUUUGCCUCUUAAGUAGGUGCGCAUUAGGGACCGAGAGUCCAAGUCCUAGGUACGAAGAGCUAUCACGCCAAGUUGUACGUUAUGCUGCUGGUCUUCCUUUAACGAUCACAAUUUUGGGUUCGUCUCUCUGUGAUGCAAAUGAGGAUGUAUGGAUAGAUACCCUAGAAAGACUACAAAAAAUUCCAUUGAAUGAAACUCUACAGAAGUUGGAGUUAAGCUAUAUGGGUCUAGAUAAUGAUUGCAAGGAAAUAUUCCUAGAUGUUGCAUGCAUAUUGAAAGGUUGGAACAAAAACGAAGCAACCAGAGCGCUUGAAAGCCGUGGAUUUCAUGCUAUACAUGGUUUGAGGGUUCUUGAGAAAAAAUCUCUCAUAACUAUUUCUAGAUAUGGCUGCUUGGACAUGCAUGACCGUAUAGAAGAAAUGGGGAGGUAUAUUGUUCGUCGCUCGAACAUUAAUGAGCCUGAAAGACACACUCGAUUGUGGAUUGAGGAGGAAAUUAAAGAUAUAUUGGUUAACGAUUUGGGUACUGAAGCAACAACAUGUCUACAGAUGAUCGCACCAGAAAUCAAUCCAGAAACUGUUAUGAAAGGUCUUGGAAAGAUGGUGAAACUUACACUUCUUCACAUGUACACCAAUUUCUGUUAUAGCGAUUGGGAAGUGGAUGAAGUUGGCCAAUACUUUUCAAAUUAUUUGCAAUACGUGAAGUGGUUGCGUUAUCCUUUUUGUUCUUUACCCAAAACGUUUCAAGCAAGUAAUCUUGUUGCUCUUGAUAUGUGUCAUGGCAGAAUGGAACAACUUUGGGAAGGGGGAGAAAGAAAGGUUCUUCAAAAGCUCCGAUUCCUUGAACUCCGUCAUUCAAAGUUGAGGACCUUUGACCUUGGGCUAACUCCAAAUCUUGAGAUAUUAGAUCUUGGUUCUUGUUUUCAUUUAGUAGAACUUCACAUGCCCGCUGCUGGAUGUCCAAAACUCAAAUCCCUCAAACUCGGUGGUUCAAAGUUGAGUACCCUUGAUCUCAGGUUGGUUCCCAAUAUGGAGACAUUGAAUCUUAACAGAUGUUGGGAUUUGGUAGAACUUGACAUGCCAUGUGAAUGUCCACAACUCAAAUCCCUCACCAUGAGUGGUACAAGGUUGAGGUCCCUUAACCUUGGGCUGACUCCAAAUAUAGAGACAUUGGAUCUUGCACGUUGUGAUGGUUUGGUAAAACUUGACAUGCCUCGUGAAUGUUUACAACUCAAAUCCCUCAACUUGAGUUGUCCAGAUUUGAGGUCCUUUAACCUUGGGCCGACUCCGAAUAUCGAGACACUGAAACUUGAAGAAUGUCCUUAUUUGUUGGAACUUGACAUCUCCCUCGAAUGUCCACAACUCGAAUCCCUCGACCUCACAAUUUCAAUGUUGAGGACCCUUGACCUAGGGUUGACUCCGAAUCUCAACGCAUUGAAGCUUCAAAGAUGUUAUAAUUUGGUGGAACUUCACAUGCACAAUGAAUGUUGCAAACUACAAACCCUUAGCCUUGAAUGUCAACAGUUGAGGAUCUUUGACUUUGGGCUGACUCUGAAUCUUGAGGCUUUGACUCUCAUUUCCUUUGGAUGUCCACGGUUUGAAUACCCCAGACACAUUCAUUCAAAGUUGAAGACCCUUGAGCUGACCCUUAAUCUCAAGAAGUUAAUUCUUGAGGAUUGUGGUUUGGUAGAACUUCGCAUCCCCUGUGGAAAUGCAAAGCUCAAAUCCAUAUACAUGGAUGGAUGUUCAGAGUUGAAGGCCCUUGAGCUGACCCCUAAUCUCAAGAAGGUAAUUCUUAAGGAUUGUGGUUUGGUAGAACUUCACAUCCCCGAUAGAAAUGUAAAGCUCAAAUCCCUAGACAUCCGUAGAUGUUCAGAGUUGAAGACCCUUGACCUUGGGCGAACUCCAAAUCUCAAGACUUUAUGUCUUAAAGAUUGUUCUAGUUUGGUAAAACUUCAUGCUCCCGUUGGAGGGCUAAAAGAGCUCGUCAAGUUGAAAGCACAUCUGACUGCAGAGUCAGUAGAUAUAUGCCAAUUGCACCCCAAUCAUAAUUUCCCCAAGUCUCAGUUUGAAUGUUCAUACAAGGAAGAUCUACCCUCAUCGAUUGGAAAUAUUGAGGAUCUUAUUUUGGAAGGUUUAUCUUGUGCUUGUACAGACCUUCAGAGUUUUUUUGGAAGCAUAUGUGGUUUACAACAUUUAACAAAGCUUUCACUCGGAGGCGGUAUUCCAGAUGUGUGCAUGGACCUUGACCGAUUACAAUGUCUAGAGGAGCUAACUUUGAAGUCUACAAAGAUCAAAAAUCUUCCGGAUAGCAUUUGUAUGUUGAAACAUCUGAAAAUUCUCAAAAUUAAAUAUUGUAAGCUUCUUGAGAAUUUACCCGAGGAUCUUGACCGAUUACAAUGUCUGGAGCAACUAACGUUGAAGUCUACAAAGAUUAAACGUCUUCCCGAUAGCAUUUGUAUGUUGAAACAUUUGAAUCUUCUCAACCUUAGAGAUUGUAAGCUUCUUGAGAAGUUACCAGACGAUCUUGGUCGAUUAGAAUGUUUAGAGAAGCUACUGCUGGAAGAGUGUGUAGUUUUACUAGAUAUUCCGAACAACAUAUGUAGGAUGAAAAGCCUAAAGUUUUUCAGUCUCUUCUACUGUAAUAGAGUUGAAGAAUUGCCUGAGGAACUUGGGCGUUUAGGAUGUCUAGAAUACUUAGAUAUAAGAGGUACACGCAUAAGUAAUCUUCCACCGAGUAUUUUAUCGUUACAAGGCUUGGAAAUUUUUCGGUCUGAAGACAAAUCACCCGCAACUACAACUACAGUAGCAUGGUGUACCGUGAUCUAA